AAAUAAGAAAUAAAUAUUAAAAUGUCAAAGUCAGACUCCAUGACAUUUAUCAUAUUUAUAUUUUUCGAUUUUAAGAUUUCAACAUUUUAUUUUACCAAAUUGUUAAUGAAAACUAUUCUGUUACACAUGGAAAAACAGAAGGAAAACUCAUUCAACAAGAAAUUCCGUUUACUUUGUUCUCAAACAAGUUCCGAAGAAAUCAACUGGUCAAGUAGCGACUCGGGCGAAUACGAAAAUGUGGUACACUCUUACGACAAAAUUAUGAACUUGUCGCACAAAACAACGAAGAGAAAACGCAAGAAAAAAGUGCCUAAAAAUAUUUUUAACUUAGAUAUUAACUAUAUAAUAGGGGAAAGUGACCAUAAAAGUGAUUUAAACACACAUAACAAGUGUCCCUCAAAAUCAGAAACCAACCAUGCUAACUUAUCAACUUCACCUAUUUUAAUGGCCAAACACAAUUGUAAGUCUUAUAAAUAUAAUGUCAAACUAUCUAAUUCACCAAUAAUAUGCCAAAAAAGUUUAAAUCAAUUGACUAAUAUACAAAAAAGUCCCAUUUUGAUGUUGAAAAGUAUGUCACCGAAAUAUUCACCCAAAGUUAAGAAAAAGUUAUUUAACAAUAAUGAGAGUGUAAGUAAAUCAAUUAGUAAGCAAAACUCUAUAAGUAAAUGUGAUAAUAAUGAAAAUAAUAAUGAUUUAAAUUUAAUCAGUGAUCAAAAUUCUAAGUGUAUUCAUCAUGAAAUAUUUAAAAAGAACAAACGAGAUGUUCAAGAUAUUUGUAAUAAAAAAAAAGUUAACCCUAUAAUGGAGGAUGGUUUAGUUUUUAAUAAUGCAACAAAUACUAAAAGUGAAGAAACUAUAUCUAAUUAUAAUUUAGUGGAUAACAAACAAAUAAUGAUAAAUGAAAAGGAUGAAGAAAAAGAAUCUUUCAUGUCUGGCAAUAUUGAUGAAAGCAUCAGUUUCCUGAAAGCUGAUAAUCUUGAUUUGAACUUGGUAAAAAAAGUUAAAACCUAUUUUGAUGGCCAUUUUAGUUCAGAAAAUGCAUCUCAGCAUUCUAUAAGUGAUAUAUUAACACCCAAAAACAGUUCAAAAAGUAGUGAAGACAUUGAAAUUAUAAGCACCGUAACUCAGGUUAAUUCACAUAAGAAUAGUUCAGAAACUUUGAAAGAGGAAACAAUAAAUGAUUGCAUUAUUUCAAAUAAUAAUACUUCGAAAAAGAUGAGAUACAAAAAGGAUGGUUUGGCCUACAGAUUGAAUGCACUUUUAAAAAAGCACAAUGCAAGCGUUUCUCUAUGGUAUCAUGAGAGAUUUUUGGCGGCAAAUUCAAAUUUUGUUAUUCCAAAAGGAGAGCAUGUUGUAUUUCAAAUUCGGAAUGUCCAAUUCAAUUAUGGCUGUUACAUAUUAGAUGUAAGAAGUAUUGAAAAUAACAAUUUUUUGGUUUUAAUAAAUAAUAAUUAUGUUAAUGAUCACAGUAUUUCUAAAGAUAUGAUAUUAAAGGUAUACGAGCCUUACAGUAUAUUAGAUUUGAAUGCAGUGUACAAGAUAGUUGUCAAUGUUUGUAAAUUUGAAUGUAUAAUUAAUAAUUAAUCUUAGAUUAUAUACUCAGAGUGUCUUCAUAGAAAUCAUCAUCAUCAUUUCAGCCAGUAUCUGUCCAUUGCUGGACAUAAGCUAUAGAAAUAAUUCGAGAAAAUCGGGUCAACUUUUUCAUACAAUUUUGCAUGAUAAAUAGUUAUGAGUGAUUCCUUUAUAACAUCUAUAUUUUUGUAGUCUUAUAAAUUCUGCAUCUUUUUAAUGCGUAAACAAUCAUUUUAUUUAUUAAACAAUACGUCAAGAUACAUUUUAUGCUUGAGUAUAUAGAACACUGACAAACAAAACGAGUCAGCUAAUUUGACAAUUGGCUGUAACAAAAAGUUGACCCGUUUUUUGAGGCUUGAUGCUCUAUCUAUAUAACCUAAGCAGUUAAUAUUUUAAAAUGGAAAAUUUUAUAAAAGAAAUAAUAUUGUAAUAUUUGAUAUUGUAUAUAAAAUAAUUUAAAUAUAAAUAUGAUUAAUUAUUUUA